CCAUUGUAUUAAUCUGUUGAAUACCCGUUGGCUGAGAACAUGCAUCUCUUCUUGUCUCUGCUUCUUUUAUCUGAAAUGACUCUUCUUUUUGCGCUUGUCUUCAGUUCUUCUAAGCUAAGGGAACUGAUAACGAUGAUGUUAGACAAAAUAGUAGAAGGGAAAGGUGGUGCGAUUUCAUUGCCUGUUCUGGCAACUUUGACUGUUGUUUUCAUCUCCAUGGUAUACGAUGCGAAAGGGAUAUGGACAGAAGAUGUUGUUCUUAAUGCUGCCGAUGAGGUUCUAAUGGUGAAUCUAGUUCUAAAAGCAACCCUAAUGGGGUUUGCUUUAUACCUUGCACUGAUUACAUAUGGAUUCCACAAAUAUAUCAAAGGAUCCAGACCAUGGGAGGCAGCUAAAGAGAAGAAAUCUAUAUAAAGCUUCGUACACCCAAAUAUUGCAAUAACUGAAAUGUUAGGACAUGAAAGUAGGAAGAUUCCUCUUCAUGGCCUAAUCUUUUAUACCUUGUUUACUUCCAAAUAACUGAAAUGUAGAGUAUAAACAUCCACAAUAAGACAAGGUCAUAUGUUCUAAUAAAAUAAAUCUGCAUUUUAGAUUUCA